GUGAGCUUUCCGCCGCGCGCACUGGGAUUUACCGCCACGGGGCCCUCACCCUGAAGCCCGGAGCAGGAGGCAGCAUCCCCCGGCCGUAACGGAACAUGACAUCCGCGGGGAAGGAGGCCAACAGCGGCCACUACACCAACUACGUGGGCCCGUACCGCCUGGAGAAAACCCUGGGCAAGGGACAGACAGGCCUGGUGAAGCUGGGCGUGCACUGUGUGACCAAUCAGAAAGUGGCCAUAAAGAUCGUCAACAGAGAGAAGCUCAGCGAGUCCGUGCUCAUGAAGGUGGAGAGGGAGAUUGCCAUCCUGAAGCUCAUCGAACACCCGCACGUCUUAAAGCUGUACGACGUCUACGAGAACAAGAAAUACCUGUAUCUGGUGCUAGAGCAUGUCUCCGGGGGGGAGCUUUUUGAUUAUCUGGUGAAGAAAGGACGACUCACUCCCAAAGAGGCCAGGAAGUUCUUCAGACAAAUCAUCUCAGCUCUGGACUUCUGCCACAGCCACUCCAUAUGUCACAGAGAUCUGAAGCCAGAGAACCUCCUUUUGGACGAGAAAAACAACAUUCGCAUCGCCGACUUCGGCAUGGCGUCUCUGCAGGUCGGGGACAGUCUGCUGGAGACCAGUUGUGGAUCUCCACACUACGCAUGUCCAGAGGUGAUCCGGGGAGAGAAGUAUGACGGGAGGAAAGCAGACGCCUGGAGCUGUGGAGUCAUCCUCUUUGCACUUUUAGUGGGAGCUCUGCCGUUCGAUGACGAUAACCUGCGUAACCUCCUGGAGAAGGUGAAGCUGGGAGUGUUCCACAUGCCGCACUUUAUUCCCCCAGACUGUCAAAACCUGCUGAGGGGCAUGAUCCAGGUGGACCCAACCAAACGCCUCACGUUAGAGCAAAUUCAGAAGCACACGUGGUACCUGGCGGGUAAAAAUGAGCCAGAGCCAGAGCAGCCUGUGCCGAGGAAGGUGUCCAUUAAAACUCUGUGUGCUGCCGAGGACAUCGACCCAGACGUCCUGGAGAGUAUGCACUCGCUGGGCUGUUUCAGAGACAAGGACAAGCUCACCAAAGACCUGCUCUCAGACGAUGAGAAUCAGGAGAAGAUGAUCUACUUCCUACUGCUGGACCGAAAAGAACGAUUCCCAAGUCACGAGGACCAGAAUCUACCCCCCCGAAAUGAAAUUGACCCGCCCAGAAAGCGUGUGGAUUCGCCGAUGCUGAGUCGCCAUGGGAAACGGCGCCCGGAGAGAAAGUCCAUGGAGGUGCUGACAGUGACGGAGGGCGGGUCUCCAGUGCCAGUCCGACGGGCGCUUGACAUGGCCAAUCAUGGGCAGAGGUCCCGGUCCAUCAGUGGUGCAUCUUCAGGCCUAUCUACCAGUCCUCUGAGCAGCCCCAGGGUGUCCCCGCGUGGCAGUCCCCUCCCCACGCCCAAAGGGACCCCCGUGCACACGCCCAAGGACAGCCCGGCCGGGACCCCCAGCCCGACCCCCCCGCCCUCGCCCUCCAUCGGGGGCAUGCCCUGGAGGACGCGGCUCAACUCCAUCAAGAACAGCUUCCUGGGCUCACCGAGAUUCCACCGCCGGAAAAUGCAGGUUCCUACACAAGAGGACAUGUCCAGUCUGACUCCAGACUCCUCUCCAGAGUUGGCCAAGAAGUCAUGGUUCGGUAACUUCAUAAACCUGGAGAAGGAGGAGCAGAUCUUUGUGGUGAUCAGGGACAAGCCUCUGAGCUCCAUCAAAGCCGACAUCGUGCACGCCUUUCUAUCGAUCCCGAGCCUGAGCCACAGUGUGAUCUCUCAGACCAGCUUCAGAGCCGAGUACAAGUCUUCGGCUGGACCCACCGUGUUUCAGAAACCAGUAAAGUUUCAGGUGGACAUCACCUACAGCGAGAGCUCUGGAGCCACCAAAGACAACGGCAUCUACUCUGUCACCUUCACACUGCUGUCAGGUCCCAGUCGGAGGUUCAAGCGCGUUGUAGAGACCAUCCAGGCCCAGCUGCUGAGUGACCAGUCCGCGACCAGUCCUCAGAUCUCGGAUGACCCCCAGCGUCCAAGUCCUGGUAAAACCUCCAGACGGGGCAGCCCGUUGAGUAACUUCUUCGACGUCAUCAAACAGCUCUUCUCGGACGACAAGAACCUGGCUCCGGGUGGUCCCUGCUCCUCCCCCUGCUCGCCCGCCAAGCAUGCCCCUCACAGCAGCAGCGGCAUUACCCACAAGCCCUCCUCCCCUUCCUCCCCCCAGGCCCCGCCCACCGAGCCCAAACCUAAGGACAAAACAAAGAUGGCGUCUGGCAGCGGCAGAACUCAAGAACAAGCUUAAAGGGCCUAUAUUGCACUAUUUGUGAUCUGUGUUAUAAUGUCGUUUCCUCGUCACAAACAGACCUGGAGUUGCGUUUUGUUUCAUUCACACACGUUUAACACAGAAAUCCUGCAUAUUUAGGCUGUGUUCUUUUCUCAAACUGAAAACACUCUGUUCCACCUUAUGAUGUCAUUAAGUGGUAAUAGAGGAAGCGUUCCA